GAGCCACGGGGCGCGGUCCCGAGGAGCGGACGGCUGAGGCCCGGGGUGGGGGCGGGGCAGCUCCCAAAGACAGGGAAACUGAGGCCCGGCGUGGUCGCGAUCCUGCCGGGCUGGGGAGACCCGGAGGCCCAACCCCGCGGGGAUUCUGGCCCGGAGGGACCCUCGGCCGGGAACGGGCUGCAGGAGGCGGCGCAGGGGCGCAGGCCGCGACUCCCGGAGGUUCCGCCGAGACAGCCGCCCUCUCGUCCCGCGGUCCUCACUGUCCGCGGGGCCCCGGCUAUAGGGCGCCCGCGUGCGCCAGGCCCCGCGCUAAGUGCGUUUCGGGGAUUGUGCAGGCGACUCCUCGCCCCAUUUUAGAGACGCGGCAGCUGAGGCUCGGAGGAGGCCCCACAGCUAGCGAGAGGCAGAACGGGGCUUGGGCCGGGUUUGUGUCCCAGGCCAGCGCCUGUAACACCCCUGCCCCGUGCUGACGGCUUCCUUGGGUUCACUGGGGCCAGCCGUGAGGCCUGGGCCGGGUCUCAGGAUCUGGGGCUGGAGUGUCCUCUGCCCACCACGCUGGGCAGCCCCUCGGAACACCCGCUGGCAGGGAGGGCUGCAGGCAGAAGGCUCAGGACUUGAACGGCAGAAGUCAUGGAUAUAGAUGCUGAAAGGGAGAAAAUAACACAGGAGAUCAAGGAGCUAGAAAGGAUUUUGGACCCCAGCUCCUCAAGUAUCCACGCGGAGGUCUCCGAAUCAAGUCUCGAUUCAGAUUCUGAAGCAGACUUGCUGCCUGGUGAGGGGCUGGACGCCGCUGAUCCCCCGAUCUUGGAAGAAGAAAGGUGGGGUGAAGCCAGCAAUGAUGAGGAUGACGCCAAGGACAGAACCCUCCCUGAAGACCCAGAGACCUGCCUGCAGCUGAACAUGGUCUACCAGGAGGUCAUCCGUGAGAAGCUGGCAGAGGUCAGCCUGCUGCUGGCCCAGAACCGGGAGCAGCAGGAGGAGAUCAUGUGGGAUCUGGCCGGGCCCAAAGGCCCCAAGGUGAAAGACAGCAAGAGCCUGCCCCUGAACGUGUACAUAGGGCACUUCAUGAAGCCGUACUUCAAGGACAAGGUCACCGGAGUGGGGCCUCCUGCCAACGAGGAGACGCGGGAGAAGGCUGCCCAGGGGAUCAAGGCCUUCGAAGAGCUGCUCGUGACCAAGUGGAAACACUGGGAAAAAGCCUUGCUCAGAAAGUCUGUGGUGAGCGACCGCCUGCAGCGUCUGCUGCAGCCCAAGUUACUGAAGCUUGAGUACUUGCAGCAGAAGCAGAGCAGAGUCCCCAGUGAGCCGGAGAGGCAGGCCCUGGACAAGCAGAUCCGGGAAGCUGAGAAGGAAAUCCAAGAUAUCAACCAGCUCCCAGAAGAGGCUCUGCUGGGAAACAGGCUGGACAACCAUGACUGGGAGAAGAUCUCCAAGGUUAACUUUGAAGGAGGCCGUGGUGCGGAAGAGAUCCGAAAGUUCUGGCAAAACUCUGAGCACCCGAGCAUCAACAAGCAGGAGUGGAGUGGGGAGGAGGUGGAACGACUGAAGGCCAUUGCAGCCUCGCACGGCCACCUGGAGUGGCAGAAGGUGGCAGAGGAGCUGGGGACCCGCCGCAGCGCCUUCCAGUGCCUGCAGACGUUCCAGCGGCACAACACAGCCCUGCGGCGCAGGGAGUGGACGCAGGAGGAGGACCAUAUGCUCACGCAGCUGGUGCAGGAGAUGCGCGUCGGGAGCCACAUCCCCUACCGCAGAAUUGUCUACUACAUGGAGGGGAGAGACUCCAUGCAGCUCAUCUAUCGUUGGACCAAGAGCUUGGAUCCCAACCUGAAAAAGGGGUUCUGGGCCCCAGAGGAAGAUGCUAGAGGCCAUUUGUGCUCGUCCUUCCUGCAGAAGUUGCUUCAAGCGGUUGCCAAAUAUGGGGAGCAGGAUUGGUUUAAAAUCCGGGAAGAGGUGCCAGGUAGGAGCGAUGCCCAGUGCCGAGAUCGAUACCUCAGAAGAUUGCAUUUCAGCUUGAAAAAGGGACGUUGGAAUUUAAAAGAAGAGGAACAGUUACUUGAAUUAAUAGAAAAAUACGGUGUUGGUCACUGGGCAAAAAUUGCUUCUGAACUACCCCAUCGGUCAGGCUCCCAGUGUCUGAGCAAGUGGAAAGUUAUGAUUGGGAAGAGGCAGGGUCUGCAGAGGCGGCGGCGGAGGCUGCGUCGCGGUGUUCGAUGGAGCUCCAGCUCCAGCAGCAGCAGUGGAGACACCAGCAGCAGUGGUGGCAGCAGCAGCGGCGGCGGCAGCAGCAGCAGCAGCAGCAGCAGCAGUGAGGAGUCGGAGGUGGAACUGGAGCAGGUGCAAGAGGGUGGCAAAGUGCUGCUGUCCCCGCAGUAUGUGGUGCCGGACAUGGAUCUGUGGGUUCCUGCCAGACAGAGCGCCAGCCAGGCGCAGAGAGGAGGGGCAGGAGGCCGGCCAGGAUGCCCCGCUGCCUCCCUCGGCCCUCCCAGGGGGUCCAGUGCUGCCCAAGGCGGCAGAGAGGAAGCUGCCACCACGCCGGCCCCCCGCGAGGAGCUGAGCCCGGCGCAGGGCCCCCCUGGCACCCACAGCACCGCCCCGCCGCGUGUCCAGGACUCGCGCUCCGCGGACAGACUCCUGGCGAGCUCAGAGGAGCUGGCCCUCGAGGACGGAAGCCGGCUGCUGAAGGUGCCCCUGGAGACCGUGCUGAGGGUGCUCAGGACCAACACGGCCGCGCGCAGCCGCUCGCUGAAGGAGAAGCUAAAGCAGCCGCCCCUGCCCAGCACACCCCUGGGGGCCAGCUCUGGUGACAGCGUGGCCCAGUCCCAUGUGCGGCAGCUAUGGCACAGAACCUUCCAGAAUGGACGGCGGCGCUGGAGACAUGCUCUGCACCAGAGGCUCCUAGACCGCAGGCUCCUACUGGCUGUGACCCCUUGGGUGGGCGAUGUCAUUGUGCCCUGCAUGCCAACUCCCCGGAGACCUGUGGCGCAGACCCGAGCCGACAGCCUCGGGAAGCAGCUGCGGCACGCCCGCCUGGCCAGCACCCCAGUGUUCACGCUGUUCAUCCAGCUGUUCCAGAUCGAUACUGCUGGCUGCAUGGAGGUCGUCCGAGAGAGGAAGGUCCAGACACCCAGGCUGCUCCAGGAGCCUCCGAGAGCCCCGAGCACCCCAGGCUGCCUCUUCCCCAACGUGACAGCUCAGAAAGCUGCAAAGAAUGCCAGCCGCCAGGCAGAGUGUGCCCCAGCCCCGGUGCCCCCGCCCACUCCGUGUGGCCCUCGGCCCAAACCCAAGACCGUGUCGGAACUGCUUCGGGAGAAGCGGCUGCGGGAGGCCCGUGCCAGGAAGGCCGCCCAGGGCCCCACGGUGCUCGCGCCCCGCCUGCUGCUCCCCUCGCCUGUGAUCCUCCAGCCCACUCUGCCGCCGGCCCCCCACGGACCCCCUGCUUCAGGUCCCGUGGCCUCAAACACGGUGGCUAGUCCGGGCACUUCUGCCUCCUGGCAGGAGGCUGGCACUUCAGCCAAGGACGAGGGGCCCUCCACCCUGCAAACCCUGCCCCUUGCGGCUGCAUCUGGAACCCCUCCCGGCCAGGUCCCCGGGAGCUGCCACCCAAAUAGUCUCGGACAGUCUCAGGUCCCUGCCACAUCCCGGAAGCAGGGCCUGCCGGAGGCGCUGCCCUUUCUCCCCGCAGCCCCCAGCCCCGCUCAGCUGCCCACCCAGCCCCUCAGCCUGACACACAGGGGUGGGCCACAUGUGGCAGCCAACAUCCCUCUCCCUGUCACCUGGGUGCUCACGGCCCAGGGGCUGCUUCCUGUGUCUGUGCCAGCUGUGGUGGGCCUUCCCAGGCCAGCAGGGACCCCGGACCCUACAGGGCUGCCGGUCACUCUGCUGCCUCCCCCGGCUCAGACUCGGGCAGUCCAGGGCCCCCAGGCCCCGGGGCUGAGCUGCCCUUGGCAGCUCCAGGCCAGCGUGGACGUGGGAGCAGACCCUUCCCCCAAGACAAGCCCCUCGACCCCUCCCACACCCCCCCCGUCACGAGGCCCUGCAGAAGUGGACGGUGGGGUGGCCUGUGUGGCCAGCACGUCUCCCCAGCCCGACCACCUGGAGGCGGAGCCCCUGUGGCCCAGCCGGCUGCCUGCCUGCAGUGAUGCUGGCCCGGGCAGUGAUCCAGGAGGGACACCAGGGCCCCCCUCAGGAACACAGGAGCCCAGAGGGCCUCCGCCUGGGCAUGAGAAAGGUUCCCUGGACCUGGGCCUGCUCUCCCAGGAGAGUGAGGCGGCCACUCUGGAGUGGCUGCGGGGGCAGGGCGGGGGGUGUGUGCCCCCCCUGGGGAGCAGGCUGCCCUACCAGCCCCCUGCCCUGUGCAGCCUGCGGGCACUGUCUGGUCUCCUGCUCCACAAGAAGGCCUUGGAGCACAAGGCCACUUCCCUGGUGGACAGCAGGGCAGCCGGGGGCCAGGCCGAGUCCCGGGCCGGAGCCCUGCAGGCCGCUCUGGGGCUGGUGCGGGGGCAGCUCCGAGACAACCCUGCCUACCUCCUGUUGAAGGCACGGUUCCUGGCUGCCUUCGCCAUCCCCGCGCUCCUGGCCACCCUGCCCCCCCGUGGCGUCCCCACCACCCUCUCGGCAGCCACAGGCGUGGGCUCAGAGUGUGAGGACGAGGGCCUGGACGAGCCGGAGCUCACGGCGGCCAGCAGCCCCGACCAGCGAACCCCGGGCCCUGGUGAGGGCUCCGCCCCCUCCUGCCUGGAGACCUCUGCCGACCUGGACACCGACCUGGACGUGCUCAGGACGCGGCACUCCCGGCACGCCCGGAAGCGCAGGCGGCUGCUGUGAGCAGCAGGACAGGACACCCCAAAAGCCACAGCUGCAGCUGAGGAGAGGCAGGGCCCCCGCCUGCCCCAGCAGCCACCGCCGCCCCGCAGGAGAAAGUGCCGGAGGCCAGGGGAGCUGCUGCCCGGGACAGACCUCUGUGUGCAGGGGGCAAGGGAGGCCCCCAGUGGACCAUGUCAUCACGGGCUUAGCUGCUCCCCAAGUGGAAACCUGAGCAUUUGAAGGAAUAAAGUUCUAUUUUUUAAUUAAAAA